AUGAUAAGCAUUCAAGAGCCGUCACCUAUUCAACAGAAAAAAAACAGAGGUCAGUAUUCAACAGAAAAUACGUGCCAUGUUACGGUUAUUGAGAUUACUGGUCAUUCGGCAGAAUCAGCAUCAUCUGAGAAAAACACGGGAUGGAACGCUUCGGAAUCUGAAACGCCGUUAACAUUGGAAGAGGAAAUGGAACUUCUUCUAAUGAUUGAAAACCAUGAACGUGAGAAAAUCAUAGAAAAACUCUCAGAAGUAAUCGAAAAGGAGCGCAAGUCGGUAGAGUGCUUUGGUUUUCGCUGUAGCGAAUCAAAGAACGGUUGCCCGGCAAGGCUUUUAGAAGAUGGGGCAUAUUUUAUGACCACUGGCCAUGAUGGGCACGAUAACAAAGAAGAUCAUUUGAAGUAUUGUGCCAUGAAACAACGAAUGUUGGAGAGGGCACGUGACACACGACAAAGAAGUCGGAUGAUUUUUGAAGAAAGUCGCGACAUGAAUCCUGGAGUGCCGAUAGCGUAUGACGCCAACCUCGAACGUGCAAUGCAGCGUGCAAGACGAUCAGCGCAACCUCCAGUGCCACAAACGAUAGACGAAGCAGAGGCUUCCUUAAUAGCUAGCGAGCUAUACAAUAAAACAGCAGAUGGAACUUCAAUUUUCUAUCAUGGACGAGUUUCAACUCCAACCGGCACUGCUCUCGUGUUUAUCAGUCUGGCCAUGCUACCACUGCUUCGAACGUCAGAAGAAAUAGCAUGCGACGGAACGUUUGCCACUUUGCCGUUGCUGUUUUCGCAGUUAUUCACGUUGCACGUUGCGGCAUAUAGAUAUAUGUUUCCACUGGCUUAUGCUGUCAUGUCUGAAAAGACACAAUCACUAUACCAGUUGGUUCUUGAUCGUAUUCUACAUGCAAUUUUCCGAAAAGUUUGUACAGAAGGAUUACGACAGUCUUAUAUGCACCGACCAAAUGUCAAGAAAAUUGUUAAAAUGCUUAUUGCACUCGCUUUGUUGCCUGCCGCACAAGCUCACCAAGGGUUUAUGGAUAUCUGCCAAUCAUCAGUUGUCUUACUGCAAGAUGAAACUCCUGAUGUCAGGGCUAAAAUGCAAAUCAUUUAUGAAUACAUGGGAAGUUAUUGGUUCCUUAUAGUCACUCCAGAUCGUUUUAGCGUCAAUGGGCAGCCCAGGCGUACAAUGAAUGAGGUAGAAUCUUUCCACCGAUGGUUCAACAGGCAAUGUGGAAAAUAUCAUCAGAAGUACUUGCAAAAAGUAGAAGCAAGUGCCGUAAAGGACUACAACCUCGCCCGAUCAGGACGGCUUAUUCGACGAGAACAUGCCAAGAAACAAACAGAAAAGGAUGUGCGUAUUAGGACUUUUUGCCAAUCUUUGGACAACCGUGAAAUAACGGUUUACCAGUUUCUUGAAAUGUGUUCGAGAUUUUUCGAACCUCUGCAUAAUCCUGCACCAUUAGGCGGCCUUUUAGCUGAUCCUGUUCCGAAUCCUACAACUCCGAAAUAG